AGGAUAGGUCACGGUGACAAGAACCAUGCAGAUCAGGACAGAUCCCCCAUCUUUGUUCAGUUCAUCGACUGUGUAUGGCAGAUGACCAAACAGUUUCCUACAGCCUUUGAGUUUAAUGAGCGCCUCCUGCUGACAAUCCUGGAUCAUCUGUAUAGCUGUCGCUUUGGGACUUUCCUCUACAACUGUGAGAGCGCAAGAGACCAGCACGACGUGAGGUCGAAGACGGUGUCUUUGUGGUCUCUGGUCAACAGUAAGAUGGACAUUUAUUUAAACCCCUUCUACACCCCGGAGUCUGGCAGGGUCCUCUACCCAGUCGCCAGCAUGCGCCACCUAGAGCUCUGGGUAACAUACUACAUCCGCUGGAACCCACGCAUACGACAGCAGCAGCAGAGUCCGGUGGAGCAGCGCUACAAGGAGCUGUUGGCCCUCAGAGACGAGUACUUGAAGAAGCUGGAGGAGCUGCAGCUGUCUGACUCCUCCCCUUCCUCACGUCUGGCUAACAGCCCCACCCCCAACACCCCCUCCUCCACCUCCUCCACACCAUCACAGCAAUACACACACCUACAGACUCCCCUCUGAGGGCUGGUGUGACAGACACACACACACACUCACAACUUGUUGACUUGCACUUAUGUCUCUACACUCUGAUUUCUUUGUUCACACAAGCAGGGAAUUAAAUAGUAUUGUGCAGUUCUAAAUG